GCUAUGACCGACCUGGCACCUAAAUUGGUCAACGCUGAAUCUUGCCUAGGCAAAAGAUAUAUUUGAAAAAAAAAAGAAAGAAGAAACAACAAACAAUUGUCGAAGCGCGCUUAGUGAGUUGUUAACCCAAGAACGAGUCGGUUGUACGCAAUGUCUUGGCUACGGCAGCUGCUCCGGCUGCUGUUGCUGCUGAUCCCGGUGCUGCUGCUGCAACUGGGUGACGUCGAUGGCGCCUCGAAACGUGUCAAGCUGUGCCUCCAGCCCAUGGUCAGCGGCCGUUGCUUUGGCUAUGUGGAGAGCUACGCCUACAAUCCGCUCGAGCGGCGCUGCGAGGCCUUCAUCUACGGCGGCUGCGGCGGCAACGAGAACCGAUUCGACAGCAAGGCCGCCUGCGAGUAUGCCUGUCGUGAUGUCUGAUAGCUGUUGGCCGAAUGGGGAUCGAUUGUUGCUGUUGUUGUUGUUGUAGACUGAUGACGAUGAUUGAUGUUAAUAAGAACUAGAGCUAGUGCUAGUGCUAUUGCUAGAGCUUAUAUUCAA